AUGGACGACGAUAGCUCUGCUGGAAACAACAGUCGGCGACAGCCCUCCGCGGUGUCGUCGCUGAAAGCGUGUGAGGAAUGCCGCACAAGAAAAAUUCGCUGCGAUCGAAAUCGUCCCUGUGCUCAUUGCCGAGCUGCGAAUCUAGUAUGCCGGGACAACACCCAGCCCACAGAGGCUCGAGCCAGGGUGACGAUCUCCAAGCAAUACGAGAACAAGAUUGACCGCAUCGAGAAUCGGCUGGCCAACAUAGAGCGUCUACUUCGCAAUGGAGCAAGCACUUCUUCCUCGCCUGCAGAUGCGCAUCAGACUCCUUCCUCGGUCGACUCUCAAGGCGGUUCGAAGAAGUCGAGACGUGAGAUCGCUACGGCUGAGUAUCUGGAUGACGAGUCUGCUGCCGCGACGCCUUUUGCUGGCUUUACAAGCAUGCAAGCAGAAACGUUAGCUGCGAAGGAUGCCCUGGAGCAGACCGUAGGAAGCAGCCCUAGCAUCACUCAGGACCGCCAGCUAAAUGAGGCGCUCUCAUCACUCCGAAGCAUAGUUGGCCGUCUGAAGGGUGAAGGCAAUGGUCCUGGCGCAGUCUCUGCUCCCUCUCCAGCAGCGGAUGCUUCAGAAGAUGCCGGUAUCCCGCCAUGGGAUCAAGCUCGUGUCGUUUUGGAAAGAGCAAAGCCGCAACCACCUGCGGUGUUCUCCAUGUGCUUGCCGUGCACACCCUUCGAGACAUGGGUUAAGAAAGUCGAAGAGGUGUACGACCCUCGUUGUGAUGUAUCCCUGGCUCACAGACUCGUCGUUUACACUGGCUGCGUUUGUCUAAGUGGCGAAUACAGUGCUUUGGAGAAGGAUCAAACUGCCGAAUGGUAUGACACACUCUCCAAGAGCUUUCAGCGAGCCACCCUCAAGGCCAUAGGCGAGCUGCCUUUGGCCGUUUCACCGACCUGGGAUAAUAUGGAAGCGAUCCUCGCAGCGGCCACCGUGUGCAUUGAUAUGUGCAAGCCGUCCUUGUCAUGGACCCUCACGUCUGUUGCGGCCAGACUGAUCCAGGUCCUUGGCUAUCAUCGCGUGUCCUCGUUAUCGCAAGACGAGCCGAGAGAGCGAAAUCGGAAGCUUCUCAUGUUUUGGAUGACAUACAUCAUGGACAGGAACACUUCUCUCCGUGUUGGACGCACCCCUUCCAUUCAAGAUUACGACGUCGAUGUUCCCAGGCCGCAGCCAUCCCGAGACAUCGAUGCCCCCUUGUUACAUUUGUUGAACUUUUGGAUCGAUGUUUCCAGAGUCCAGGGCAAGAUUUGUUGGCUGUACAGUCCAGGUGCUCUAUCACAGACAUUGGAAGAGCGUAGUCGCAUGGUCAACGAGCUCGCAAUCGAACUCAACACCGCGUACGAAGGCAGAGUAAAGGCAAACGACCUCAUCCUGCCUUUGUUCACGGACCCCAAGGCACAAUUCUCCACCGCAGAGCCGAUGCUCGAAGGGGACAAAAUUGCGCACUACACUGCCUUGACGUUAGUUUUGCAAGCCAUCCCGGCCACGAAGCUGGAUCAAGCUCCCGCUCUUGAAGCCGCAAGAGCCUGCCUUGGUGUUUGCCGCGAUCUGCAGCGGAAUUAUUCAAGCAAUGAGUAUUUGUGGGCAGGCUACUGCCAUUGGGUGAUCUUACACAACCCUCUGACACCAUUUACUGUUGUAUUUGGCAAUGUUAUAACGAAGCACGAGGCGGCGUUAGACGACCUUCAACUUCUGGAGGACUAUUGCAUCUCACUACAGCCUGCUCGUCGAAUUUCAGAGGGUGUCGAAAAGUUCUACCAGCUCUGCUCAGUCUUCUACAAAGUCGCCGAGGCAUACGUCCGUGCCAAACAGCAGGAGAGCAGACGUCGCAUUCCCAGCAGCAAGGCUCCUAUUGGCUCAAACCAGCAGUGGAAUCAACCUUUGACGGGCGAGUUUGAUGAGUACUUAUCGGCCUUGGGAUUUGCGCCGCAGCAGAACCUGCCACCGGUCAGCAACGACCUGAACGCCAUGGACACUGAUAUGUCUGCGUACCUUCAACAGGACUGGUAUACCGGCAACGUCUCGCUGUACGGCCUGGUCGAACAAGAUAUCAAUAACAUGGGUACCUGGGGAUUCGACAUGCCGACUGAUACCUGGACUGCCGACGGCUCAUAUCGAGGAUAA